GGGGACCUCUCGUCUUGGCUGCGGCUGAAAAAAAUCCCCAAAGUUGAACCCUAGACGCAGCCCGCCGCCGGGGCCUGCCAUCCUCUCGUCUCUUGCUGGUUUCGUCUUCUCCUCGGCUAUGGCUCCACCUACUGUUUCCUUGUGGAUUCCGCCGCCGCUUCCCGAGUCCGACGGUAACGCCACCGCCUCAGGAUUGGUCCUCCUCGACAGGUGGUGCUACAUCGCCAACUUGGUCAACGACACCACCGCUGAGGGUACCACGAGCACCGGCGUGCGCAUCCAGGUGACCUUCCGCGCCGCCCGCCCGCCACUUGUCUCCCACUUCUGCGUCCACUGCCCCGGCCUCGACUUCCUCAACGCAGUUCCCAAGGUCAUCACCACCGACGCCGAUCUCAUCCUCCUUUGCGUCCCCGUCUACCCCACCAUCGGCCACGGACGGGACUGGGACUACUUCGUCUACAGCCUGCGCGCCCGUCGCCUAGAUCUGAUUCCAAACCCGAACCCCACGUGCCUCUGCGACCCCGCAACUGUCCUCCUUAGCCGCGAAGACGAAGACGGCGCCAGCUGGUAUGCCGUCGCCGCCCUCGAUGCUACGUUCCCCGUGUACCAUGGCCGAAGCGCUCUCGUUAGGCGCGAUUUCUACCUCUACCUGUACAAGUCCAAUUCCUCCGAGGGCUGGAUCUCCAAGGUGAUGUCUUUGAGCGAUCUUGUGAGGGACAGGCUAAUCCCUUUACCUGAUACCGUCGAAGACAGGCUGUACCACGAGACGGACAAGAGCAUCGCGAUUGGCGGUGAGGGUGGCACAGUCGCCUGGGUGGACCUCUGGCGUGGCAUCUUGUUCUGCGACGUGCUCAGCGACUGCCCUGUGCUCCACGACGUCCCACUGCCAGUGCCGGCCAGGGGCAACUGGAAUCGGCUCCUCGUAGAACUUGACCCUUUCAUUUUCCGCGAUGUAACCAUCAGCCGAAACAGAGACUCAAUCAAGUAUAUUGAGACUGAAUCCUGGUCACCAAGAGAUGAGCAGCCGAAUACGGCACCUGCUUCGUACACGGAGUGGGUGCGCAAUAAAUCAAGGAAACUCAGGGUCUUCCGUGAUGGAUGGAAGGCAACAACAUGGACCAUGACAAUACCAGUUGAUUUUGAUGAUUCCCACCCUUUGGAGAACUGCUGGCACCGUCACCACUCGGGAAUUGAUGUUAAAGAUGUCACCUUGCAAUUGGAUGCCAGCAACGCAUGUCCUUCUAACUUGUUGGAUAUGCUGUGCUGCAGUAACACCACAGAAAUGUUGAAGGGGCUUCAGAUGGCAUGCCCCAUCAUAAGCAUGGAUGAUGAUAUUGUUUACUUGAUUUCUACAAUCGAACCCAGGCAUAUGGACAAGUUUGAAGUGGUUCUUGCUAUUGAUGUGAGCAAGGGAGUGCUUCGGGGAUUGGCUGAGCUUGAUGCCCAGAAGGACUUCAUUUUCAAAGACGACAUCGUCAGCAGUGAUAUCUGCUGGUAUCUGAGCAAGGUUACAGGCACAGUCGAACCAUCUAAACGAACUGCAAAGCAGCACAAUAUGGGACAUGGUAUUAAGCCAACUAAGCAAGAACUGGGUGAACCGUCUGCGGUGCAUGUUAAGAACUAAUCAGGAAUUCAGGACAAAUAAGCAUCAUCUCAACCUGUUCGAUGGAAUAUGGUGAUGAGAACUGUUCAGCUUCUGAUAUAUUUUAUUUGCUGUCAAAAUUUAUCCCAAGCAAAUAGGUCAUCCCAAAAAAUUUAGAUCAACAUGCCAUUUAUUUAUCUUAUCGAGCUUAACGAGCUCUUAUCGAACCGAGCCGAACAAUGGUUUCAGAUCGUUAA